CACAAAUGCCAAUUUUAAACACACAAAGCCUUCCGUCUCUCACGAUCAUCAUGAAGGCCUUGAUUGUCCUUAGCGUUUGCUUUUGCUUAACUCUAGCUGCCGAAUCCGAGAAAAAGGAAGUAGCGCAGGAGAGUAAAAAACAAGACAAACGAGGUCUUUACGGCCUUGGUGAUCAUGGUGGAGGAUUCGACCUAGGCGGUCAUGAUUUUGGAGGCGGCGAUUACGGAGGUCAUCACGAACACCACGAACACGUAAAAACUGUCGUAGUUGAAAAGAAAAUUCCAACUCCUUACGAAGUAGUCAAGCAUGUGCCUUACACCGUAGAAAAGAAAGUACCAUACGAGGUCAAAGUACCAGUACCACAACCUUACGACGUGUACAAAAAAGUACCUUAUCCUGUAAAAGAAAUCAUUAAGGUGCCUGUGAUCAUACCACAACCGUACGAAGUUAUUAAAAAAGUACCAUAUGAGGUGAAAGUACCAGUACCCAGACCUUAUGAAGUCAAAGUGCACGUACCACAACCUUAUACCGUUGAAAAGAAAGUACCAGUACCUGUUAAAGUACCAGUCCCACAACCCUACACUGUCUACAAAAAAGUUCCUUACCCAGUCAAAGUUGAAGUACCAUACCCCCAACCUUACACCGUAGAAAAGAAAGUACCCUAUGAAGUUAAAGUACCAGUCGACAGGCCAUACACAGUCCAUGUUCCCAAACCUUACCCAGUUACCGUUGAAAAGCACGUUCCUUACCCAGUCGAAAAACCAGUUCCUUAUGAAGUCAAAGUUCCAAUUGACAAACCAUACCCCGUUAUUGUUCCAAAGCCUGUACCUGUUCACAUUAAAGUACCAGUACCUCAACCUUACACUGUAGAAAAGAAGGUGCCAGUAGAAGUAGAAAAACCUGUUCCAGUGCCAGUUAAGGUACAUGUUGACAAACCAUACCCAGUCAUUAAAGAAGUACCAUACCCAGUAGAAAAACCAGUACCCUACCCAGUCAAGGUACCAGUACAUGUCCCAGUUCACAUUCCUCACCACGAACAUCAAGGUCAUGAUUUCGGCGGUCAUGCCGAAAUCGGUCACGGUGAUUACGGCGGUCAUGAUUUCGGAGGCCAUGGUGACUACCACUGAGAGCAUCGUUGAAGUUGUUGUUACGUCUUUUUAAUUUGUCUUUUAGUAACCAACAAUUUUGAUAUGAAAAACACAGAGCUGUCAAAUACAUGGGCCAGAAAGUGUUCUUCUUUUCUCUAGGAAUAAUUUAGUCAAUUGGUUAUUGUAUUUUUGGUUCUGAUCAGUGUUUCUGAACAAAAUUGUUGCUGACUAAAACUUACAAAGUUGCCACAUCCUUGUUAUGCGCUGUUGUUAAUGUAAGAAAUACUCUCAUUGUUUCAUAAUCUCAUUUCGAAUUUUCUCGAAACCAAGAAGCGUACAGUAUUAUUUAAUAGAAACUGUGUUAAUAAGUGUAUUUAUCUACUUUUAUUAAAUAAAUGAUUUAUA